UUGCGUAUAUUUAAACCCACCCUCUCUCUCCUUUAUUUCUCUCUUUCAUCUCUCUCGCCAAAAUCAGAAAAAUUAGAAAAGAAAAGAAAAGCAGAAAACUUUAUCGUUUCACAAUCACGGCCUCCUCUCAAACCCCAAAUCCAGCAAAAUUCAUCCCGAAAAAGCUGCCAUCUAUUUUAAUGGUAGAGCAUUACCCUCCAAAUUAAUCUCCCAAGCAACCCCACAAUCCUUUCUCCGCCGCCUCCUCUGCAUUUUCCCCCUUUCCCCUAAUUUUCUGUUCAUCAAUGGCCGACCGGCCCGACCCUGACAAGAAGACCGAAACCACCAGGAAGGACAUGCCCGCCCUUCUUUUGGGCCGAUACGAGAUCGGGAAGCUCCUUGGCCAUGGCACCUUCGCUAAGGUCUAUCAUGCCCGAAACAUCAAGACCAACGAAAGUGUCGCCAUUAAAGUCAUCGACAAGGAGAAGAUCCUCAAGGGUGGUUUAAUCGCCCACAUCAAACGCGAGAUCUCAAUCCUCCGCCGUGUUCGACAUCCCAAUAUUGUGCAACUCUUCGAGGUUAUGGCCACAAAGGCCAAGAUCUACUUCGUUAUGGAAUAUGUCCGUGGCGGCGAGCUUUUCAAGAAGGUUUCCAAGGGCCGAUUGAAGGAAGAGGUAGCACGAAAGUACUUUCAGCAAUUAAUCUCAGCCGUUGCUUUUUGCCACGCUCGUGGUGUUUAUCAUCGCGACCUUAAACCGGAGAAUUUGCUGCUUGAUGAGAAUGGGAAUCUUAAGGUCUCCGAUUUUGGCCUCAGCGCUGUCUCCGAUCAAAUUCGACAAGAUGGGUUGUUUCAUACUUUUUGUGGUACACCAGCUUAUGUGGCUCCGGAGGUUUUGGCCCGCAAAGGGUAUGAGGCUGCGAAGGUCGAUAUUUGGUCAUGUGGGGUUAUUCUGUUUGUUCUGAUGGCCGGUUAUUUGCCCUUCCACGACCAAAACAUUAUGGCAAUGUAUAAGAAGAUUUACAAGGGGGAGUUUCGGUGUCCGAGAUGGUUCUCGCCGGAGCUAAUUCGACUCCUAACUCGUCUUUUAGAUACAAAUCCCGAAACCCGUUUCACAAUUCCUGAAAUCAUGGAGAAUAGAUGGUUCAAAAAGGGGUAUAAGCAUAUCAAAUUCUAUAUCGAAGACGAUAAGGUCUGUAGCGUUGAGGAUGAUAACAAUGAUGUCGAUUCCUUGUCGGAUCAAUCACAAUCGGAAUCGGAUUCCGAAAUUUUUGAGACCAGAAGAAAGGUUACCUCACUUCCAAGACCCGCGAGUUUGAAUGCAUUUGAUAUUAUUUCGUUUUCGCCCGGAUUUGAUCUUUCUGGAUUGUUUGAAGAUGGAGGGGAAGAGGCAAGAUUUGUGUCCAGUGCUCCGGUGUCGAAGAUUAUAUCGAAACUGGAGGAGAUAGCCAAAUUGGUGAGUUUUACAGUGAGGAAGAAGGAUUGCAGGGUUAGUUUAGAAGGGUCGCGGGAAGGAGUGAGAGGGCCAUUGACAAUCGCAGCCGAGGUAUUCGAGUUGACACCGAAAUUGGUGAUGGUAGAGGUGAAGAGGAAAGGGGGAGAUAAAGCAGAGUAUGAACAGUUCUGUAAUAAUGAAUUGAAGCCAGCAUUGUUGAAUUUGAAGGUGGAAGAUUCUGCAGCUCCAUCACAUAUACCAUCAGAUACCGAAUGAAAGCCAUUUUCAGAUAACAGAUAAAAGGGAAAAAGAAAAGGUAUGCUUUUCUUUCCUUCUCUGUAACUUCUUCUCCUCUGCUCUAACCAAAGCCCCAACCCCAUGUAUGAUAACUUCCUUCAUUUUGUUUCUUUCUCUUGAGUUUCUCUUUUUGUUUUUUGUUUUUUGUUUUUCUUCCAUUGCGUUUCUCUGUAAUUUGAUUGCCUCUCUAGAAUGGGGUUUGGAUUCAAUGCGAGGAGAACAAAAAAGAAACAAAGAGGGAAAAAAAUGGUGAUUUUUAGAUGUUAAUAUGUAAUCUUCAAACUUGUGUGAUGUAAUCUUGUUUUGACUUCGAGAUGGCUAGCGUAGAGUGGAGACAGAGAGAGAGAGUAAACUGAGAGUUGUGUAUUUGGCACUGGCAGGUAUUCGUAAUCUGUAUGUAUGAAGCAUAUGAAGAAAUAACCAAAAAAAAAAGAAAAAGAAAACUUAUAUGAUUAUUGAUCUUA